AUGCACGUCAUGUUCUUCCAGAAGCUCUUGCUUCUCAGUUGCAUUGGUUUGCAGCCAUCCUACACCCAACUCACCCCACAGGAGCGAUGCGCUACGGGCGUCCAUGCUAUUCUAAUCCGUGGUCAGGGACCUGGCGACCACCUGAACGUGUUGGUGACCAUGCAAAAUCUGGUCUUGGAAUUAAUUCCUGGCUCCAGUAGUGUGGCCCUGCCUUUUAACCAUGGCGAUGAUGACCAUAGGGUAGCCGCUGCAGAGGGGGCGCUUAUGAUGCAGCAAUAUAUCAGGGAUUAUGUUGCAUCCUGCCCAAAAUCGAAGAUCUUCCUGCUGGGAUACUCUUUGGGCGGGAUUGUCGUGAUGGAUGGAUUGUAUCGUUUGGGGCUGACGGAGAAGUUCGCGCUCCCAGUCAUCGCGGCCGCCACCUACGGUGAAGAGACCUUUAUUCCCGGAAUGAAAUGGAAUGCCGGGACGUGCACCGAUGGAGUUGGCUUGUACCCACGUAUCCAUCCCGAAUGGUGCAGCCCCUACGCGAAUUCGCUUCGAAGCUACUGCGACGAGGGCGACAGCGCAUGCUGCGGGAAAUACCCCCCCGGCGACAACGGGGCCCACCACUUCUACAUUUUCAGGUAUAAUCUCGACCUGGUGCACUUUGUCCAGCGCAGAAUCAACGAAACAGGAGCCCUAUGA